GGAUCUCGCGCCUGCGUAGUGCCUGUACAUGUUCAGUUCCAGCAAAGGGGUGAGCCUCCUCUUCAGCUAGAAAAAUGACAGUGUCCAGGAAGUUAAAGCUUCUUCUCUGGAAAAAUUUUGUAUUAAAGAAGCGGAAGACUCUCAUAACAGUGCUUGAAAUCUUGAUGCCAUUACUCUUUUCUGCACUUGUGUUGUAUCUUCGUUUCAGCAGUGUUCCAAAACCAAGACCUCGUACUGACUACCACCCAUUUGAUGUCACUUCACUGCCAGAAUUCUUCUAUAACUAUCCAGUGAAAACUAAAUUUCAACUAGUUUAUAUUCCUUCCAAAAGUGAAACUUUGAAAGCUCUCACUGAAAUGGUGGAACAAACCUUUGACGUUGAGUUCGAAGUUCUAGGAUUUUCUUCAGUGCCCUCGUUUGAAAGUUAUAUAAUUAAGGAUCCCAGAGCUUUCUACGCAUUGGUGGGGAUUGUUUUGGGCCAUAAUUUCAGUGACAGCAAUGAACCUUUGCCACUUGCGGUUGAGUACAACUUGCGCUUUAGUUACAUUCAGAGGAAUUUUUUAUCUUUGAAACAUGUGUAUUUUCAAGCUGACUUGGAAGGCUGGUGUACAUCCUUUCUUUAUCCUCCUUACCCAAGCCAAGAACCCCGGGAAUUUACAUAUGCUGAUGGAGGAACUCCUGGCUACCAUAAAGAAGGCUUUCUGGCCAUACAGCAUGCUGUGGAUAAAGCCAUCAUGAGGCACCAUGCUCACAAUGCAACAGUCACCAUGUUUGAGAGUCUCAGUGUACUAUUGCAGAGGUUCCCCUAUGGACCUCAUAUCCAGGACAGGUUCUUCAUGGUGCUUCAGAAUGAGUUCCCUCUUCUCCUCAUGCUCAGCUUCAUUUCCAUCGAGCUCAUCAUCAUUAAUUCCAUUACAUUGGAAAAGGAGAAAAAACUUAAGGACUAUAUGUGUAUGAUGGGACUGGAGAGCUGGAUACAUUGGAUUGCUUGGUUCAUCAUGUUCUUUAUUUCUGUCCUCAUUGCCGUUACUGUUAUGACCAUUCUCUUCUGCACAAAGAUAAAAAAUGUGGCUGUCUUCAGGAACAGUGACCCUAGUUUGAUAUUUGUUUUUCUAACAUGUUUUGCCAUUGCCACAAUUUUCUUUGCAUUCAUGAUGAGCACAUUCUUCCAAAAAGCCCAUGUUGGAACUGCCAUAGGAGGGACUGUCUUCUUCUUUACCUACCUCCCUUACCUGUACCUCACUUUUAGCUACCACCAGAGGAGCUAUAGCCAGAAGAUCAGCUUUUGUCUCUUCUCAAAUGUUGCCAUGGCAAUGGGAAUCCGAUUCAUCUCUAGGUUUGAGGCAGAAGGCACAGGCUUGCAGUGGAAGAACAUGGGCAGUAUCACAGGAGAGUUCAGCUUCACUCAGGUGCUGCUGAUGCUCCUCUUGGACUCAUUCUUAUACUGUCUGAUAACCUGGUACAUGGAGAACAUUUUCCCAGGGAACUUUCAAACAUCCAAGCCUUGGUACUUCUUUGCCUUGCCUUCCUACUGGCUUGGGAACCAUAUUCCAGUGACAAGGCCGCUGCUGCACCUGGAAGAUUCUAAGAAAACUCCGGGAAGUCAGUUCAUGCAGGAAGAGCCAACUGAUCUGAUAAGAGGGAUUGAAAUCCAUCAUCUAUACAAGGUGUUUCACAGGGGAAGGAAUAAAUACAUAGCAGUCAGAGAUCUGAACAUGAAUAUGUACAGGGGGCAGAUCACUGUGCUUCUGGGACACAACGGAGCUGGAAAAUCUACUACCUGCUCCAUGCUCACAGGUCUUAUUAUCCCUUCAAGUGGACAGGCUUAUAUCAAUGGAUAUGAAAUUUCAACAGACAUGGUUCAAAUUCGGAAGAACAUGGGCUGGUGUCCCCAGAAUGAUAUCUUAUUUGAAAACUUUACAGUAGCAGAACAGCUUUCUUUCUAUGCUCAGCUGAAAGGCCUGUCACCCCAGAAGUGUGCUGAAGAAGUCAAGCAGAUGCUAGACACCCUCAGUAUGAAGGACAAGUGGAGUUCACGGUGCAAGUUCCUGAGUGGAGGGAUGAGGCGCAAACUCUCCAUUGGCAUCGCCCUCAUAGCAGGUUCCAAGUUGUUGAUUCUGGACGAGCCCACCUCGGGCAUGGACGCCAUCUCUAGGAGGGCCAUCUGGGACCUUCUUCAGCAGCAGAAGAGUGACCGCACCAUCCUACUGACCACGCACUUCAUGGACGAGGCUGACCUGCUGGGGGACCGCAUUGCCAUCAUGGCCAAAGGGGAGCUGCAGUGCUGUGGGUCGUCUCUGUUCCUCAAGCAGAAAUAUGGUGCAGGAUACUAUAUGACUUUACUGAAAACACCUUUCUGUAACACAGAGAAGCUCUGUCGUCUUAUCUAUCAUCACAUACCAAAUGCAAUUUUGGAGUCUGAUGUUGCAGAAGAAUUAAUAUUUAUACUUCCUAAAGAGAUCACACACAGGUAUGAAUCUCUAUUUGCUGACCUGGAACUGCAAAAGGUAGAGCUGGGAAUCUCCAGCUUUGCGGCCUCCGUCACCACCAUGGAGGAAGUGUUCAUUAGGGUUUGUAUGUUGGCAAAUUGCAGUUCACAUAGAACAACUAAGGAGCAUCACACUCGCCAGCCAUAUCCUCUGAUUAGCAGAGUCCCUGUUGACAGAAUUAAAGAACUUCACUCAAGGAUCUUCUCAAUACAGACUGGCCUGCCAAUCAAACUAAAUACUGGCUUCAGUCUUUUCUGCCAACAAUUUUAUGCCAUGCUCCUGAAGAGAGUCACAUAUUCUUGGCGGAACUGGAUGUUGAUGUUAUCUGUACAGAUCCUGGUGCCUCUGGUUAUCCUUGUAUUAACCCUCAUGUUCUUCAACUUCAAAACAAAGAGCCUGGAGAGCGUUCCCUUGGAGUUGACUCUAAAAUCAUAUGGUCAGACUAUUGUUCCAUUCUUUGUUUCUCAGAACUUCACCCUGGAUCCUCAGCUUUCAAAUCGCUUUGCAGAUAUGCUUAAGGCUGAGGGGCAGAUUCCUCUGCAGGUCUCAGACCCCAUAGAGGAGUUCCUGUUAAGAAAGGCAAAAGAGGAGCCGGAAAACUUCGAUAAGCAAUAUGUGGUGGCAGCUUCGUUUGAAGUCAUAGACAAUGACACCAUAGUGACUGCGCUGUUCAACAACCAGGCGUACCAUUCCCCUGCAGUGGCUCUGGCUCUAGUAGACAAUCUGCUCUUCAAAUUGCUUUCUGGUGCCAGUGCUUCCAUUACCUCCUUCAACUACCCUCAACCUCAGACAGAGGAGGAGGUCUCCGAGAGCCUCCUGUACCAGGGCGCUAAAGGAUAUUAUCUUAUUAUCAACUUGCUUUUUGGGAUAGCUUUUCUGUCUAGCUCUUUUUCCAUCUUGACAGUCAGAGAGAGACGUGUUAAGUCCAAACAGGUCCAGUUUGUAAGCGGAGUCUGCAUAACUGCAUUCUGGUUUUCUGCUCUGCUGUGGGACCUCAUCUCCUUCCUCAUUCCCACUCUACUGAUACUGGUGGUGUUUUUUUACUACAAUGAGGAAGCUUUCACCCAGCAUGGGAACGCUCCAGCUGUAGUCUUGGUUCUGAUGCUCUACGCCUGGGCCCUCAUCCCCUUCAUCUACAUGGUCAGCUUCCCCUUUGACAAUGCUGGGCUGGGCUACACAGAAAUCUCUGAGUCCUUGGAUCAUAUAUUCCUCAUACUUCCAGGGCACUGCUUAGGGAUGGCCUUUUUCAACUUGUAUCACAACUUUGAACUAAAAAAAUUUUGCAGUGCCAAGAACCUGGAUGAUAUUGAGUGCAAUGAAGUUUCAGAAGGAUAUGUGGUCCAAAAGAACAUCUAUGCCUGGGAGGCCCUUGGAAUGGGAAAGUACUUGACAGCCCUGGCCAUCUCAGGACCUUUGCACAUUAUUCUGCUUUUCCUUGUUGAAACCAAUGUCUUCAAGAUACUGAAAGCCAAGCUUUAUGACUUUUUCAGGAAGCAAGAUUUGGCAAUGUACCUCAGACCAGAGUCUGAAGACCAAGAUGUAGAAGAAGAAGUGAGAACCAUCAAGAAUUAUUUGGAAACAUUGUGCAAGACAAAUCCAUUAGUUGUUAAAGAAGUGUCAAAGGUCUAUGAUGUCAAGGUUCCCUUGCUAGCUGUGAACAAAGUAUCCUUUACCAUUCAAACAAAAGAAUGCUUUGGCCUUCUUGGCCUCAAUGGAUCUGGGAAGACUUCCAUUUUCAAAAUGCUGACUGGACAGAAGCCCACCACUUCUGGGGAUGCCUUUGUCAAGGGUUUCAGCAUCAGCUCUCAAUUAGGGAAGGUGCGGCAGUUUAUUGGUUACUGUCCUCAGUUUGAUGCCCUGCCAAACUUCAUGACAGGCCGAGAGACACUGAUUAUGUAUGCCCGGAUCCGAGGCAUCCCAGAGAGUCACAUCAAUAUCUGUGUGAAGCAAAUUAUUGACGACUUUGUCAUGCUGAUGUAUGCAGACAAGCUGAUAAAGACUUACAGUGGUGGUAACAAGCGAAAGCUGAGCAUUGGCAUCGCCCUCAUUGGAGAGCCUGCAGUCAUCUUCCUGGAUGAGCCAUCCACUGGCCUGGACCCUGUGGCCAGACGCCUGCUGUGGGACACUGUGGCCCGGGUCCGGGAGUCUGGCAAGGCCAUCGUCAUCACCUCCCACAGCAUGGAGGAGUGUGAGGCCCUGUGCUCGCGGCUGGCCAUUAUGGUGCAGGGUCAGUUCAAAUGUCUGGGCAGCCCGCAGCACCUCAAGAACAAAUUCGGAGGUGGCUAUUCCCUGAAGGCCAAGUUCCACAGUAAAGGGCAGCAGGAGGCUCUGGAGGAAUUCAAGGCAUUUAUGGACCUGACCUUCCCAGACAGUAUCCUAGAAGAUGAGCACCAGGGCUUGGUCUGUUACCAUCUACCUGGAUACAACCUCAUUUGGUCAAAGGUGUUUGGCCUUAUGGAGAAAGCCAAGAGGAAGUACAAGUUGGAAGACUACUCCAUCAAUCAGGUCUCCUUGGAGGAUGUCUUCCUGGGCUUCAUUAACCCUAUAGGACCCACUCAAAGAAAAGACCAAGAGCAGGCAGACUCAGACAACACCUCAUCAUUCUCACUGCCUCUCCCACUGCUUCCUCAGCCUUCCUCACCUUCUUCCUCACAUCUUUCACUUUUCUCACCUCAUCCCUCUCAGCCCCCCUUAAAUCCUCCCUCCCCAUCUUCCUCAAAGAUUAUCCCACUAUAAUAAGAUUCUAGUGUAGGUCAGCCCAGGUGUACAUGGCCUGCCAUGGUGGUAACAGAAAAGGGUGACCAUAGACCAGGGCUAGAGCUGCAUUCGAGUGGAGUCUCACCAAGUCCAUGAAUUGUAAAUUUACAUGGUUAUGAUGUUUCCAAAGGUAAGAGGACAGGACAUAUUUUUGAGGUUUACUGGUGACAUUAAUCCUUGAGAGGGGGGUAAUCAACCUCUUUACCUCCCUUCUGCCCUUUCUACUUCAACCAUAUCAUCCUAAUUCACCCUGUGA